GGAUGGUGUUGAAGGCAGAGCUGAAGUCCACAAACAGGAUCCUAGCGUAGGUUCCUGGGGAGUCCAGGUGCUCCAGGAUGAAGUGGAGGGCCAGGUUCACUGCAUCAUCCACAGACCUGUUGGCUCUGUAGGCGAACUGCAAUGGGUCCAGGAGGGGGGCGGUGAUUUCCUUGAGGUGGGACAGGACCAAGCGCUCAAAGGACUUCUUGACCACAGACGUCAGUGCAAUCGGCCUGUAGUCAUUAAGUCUUGUGAUCCGUGCUUUCUUGGGGACAGGGACAAUGGUGGAGGUCUUAAAGCAGGACGGCACGCGGCAUAGCUCCAGAGAGGUGUUAAAAAUGUCAGUGAAGACAGGAGCCAGCUGGUCCGCACAGUAUCUGAGAGUGGAGGGGGAGACACCAUCCGGCCCGGAGGCCUUCCGCGUAUUCAGCUUCAAGAACGUCCUCCUCUUGGAUGGAGAGGGCCUUUACAGUCCUAUGAUGUUCUUGAUGUCCUGUGAUGUCCUUGGAGUCCUUUGAGUCCUUUAACUCCUUUAAUGAAGUGCUGGAGUUGGUGGGGAGGGUGAUGGUGAAAGAGAAGAUGAUGUAUGCGGCAACAAGGGCCACAGUGAAGAAGGAGUUUGGUGGAGGUCACGUCAAGUACGAGAUGUUUGGAACAGUGCAGGAGGAGGUCUGCUUGUCGGGUUACUGGCAUCACGUGUCGUCCUGCUCGGGCCCCGCGCCGCUCACGUUAGCUGAGAGGGAGCUGCAGAGGAUCAAAAUCUCAGAGGUGAAGGCAGAGAUCAGCGUGGAAAGCAAGCAUCAGACCCUUCAAGGUUUAGCGUUUCCUCUGAAGGACACGGCCCGACGAGCCCUACAGGAACUGUCACAGAAGCGCAUCAACUACAUACAGCUGAGGUUGGACGUGGAAAAAGAGACCAUCGAGUUGGUCCAUUCCCAGCAGACGGAGACGCAGGACCUGCCUUACAGAGUUCCUAAAGACACUCCCAGAUAUCACUUCUUCCUCUACAAACACUCCCACGAGGGCGAAUACCUCGAAUCUGUCGUGUUCAUCUACUCCAUGCCGGGGUACAGCUGCAGCAUCAAGGAGAGGAUGCUCUACUCCAGCUGCAAGAGUCGCCUGCUGGAGGACGUGGAAAGAGAGUAUCACUUGCAGGUGGUGAAAAAGCUGGAGAUUGACGACGGCGACGAGCUGACGGAGGAGUUUCUGUACGACGAGGUCCAUCCCAAGCAGUACGCCUUCAAGCAGGCCUUUGCAAAGCCGCGCGGGCCGGCAGGAAAGAGAGGACAUAAGCGGCUCAUUAAGGGUCCGGGGGGCGACGUGCAGGACAGCUAAAGACAUUUGGCGGGCGUGUGAGGAGUCCAAUGAACAACUCGUACGAACACUGACGGCUCCUUGUGGCACUCCUUGCUCCAAUCAAAUAACAGGAAGUGAUCAUGUGACUUUUCCUGUCAUCCUGUAUCAGAAUUGUUGUUUACUUGCAUUGCAUCAUCAUACAGCACACAUUUUCUACCAGCAAUCUUUGUAAGAUCCUACAAAUUCCUCAUAAAAUGUUUGUACUGUAAUCAACAAUUUCUUCUUUUCAGAGUGAAAGUCCCAGCAGUGAAUUCCUGCAUGUGUCCCAACAACAACAACAACAACAACAACAACAAAAACAAAAACAACAACAACAACAGCGCCAUUAAUGGAGGCUGUCAGUACCAACUCAAAUCAAUCCUGCAGGCUUCAGGUCUAAUCUGCUGGCAUUAGACCAUCAACUCACUCACAAGACGGAUUUCCUGUGUCUGCGGAACGUCUGCAGAUUCUCAAAUCACGAGGAUGCUCGGCUAAGACACUAGCAGGUUAUACUCGGAAGACAAAUGAUUCGGAGCCAAACGAGAUGACGUCUUUUCGUAUUUUGACAUGUUUUUGUUGCAGAGAUCAAAGGUUAUCUUUGUUUGCAAUCAGCAGUGUCAUCGACUUGAAUUUAGUGGUGCAUUCGAGGACAGCAAAAAAAAAGUGGUAAAUGUCACUACUGACACAGGAAGCUGGUACAGGAUCAUCUCAAAAAUAAUAAUCGUACAUGUAUGGACAUGAAAGUAAU